AUGGCCACUGCGACGAUGAAGGCGUCGGCAGCGGAGGAGGCCACCAAUGGCAUGGCCACCCUGCUGAACCUUCUCCGUGCCAGCACGCUGGAAGACAAGAGCUUCGUCUCCGCUGCCGGAGCUGGGGAAGAGAAGGUGGAGUGGCUCCGGUCGCAGCUGAUCGGCAAGGACGUCGAGUUCGACACGCCGUUCGGCCGCCGCGUGCUGACGUACGCCGACCAGACGGCGUCCGGCCGGAGCCUCCGGUACAUCGAGGACUACAUCGUCAACGAGGUCCUCCCCUUCUACGGGAACACGCACACGGAGGACAGCCACGUCGGGAGCAAGACGACGCGGCUUGUGCACAAGGCGGCACGCUACGUCAAGCGAUGCAUGGGCGCCGGCGCCGGCGACGCGCUCCUCUUCUGCGGCGCCGGCACCACGGCCGCCAUCAAGCGCCUGCAGGAGGUCAUGGGCGUCGCCGUAACGUCGGUCGAGAUGCGCGGCCGUCUCGCCGCGCAGCUGCGGACGGAGGAGCGGUGGGUCGUCUUCGUUGGUCCCUACGAGCACCACUCAAACCUGCUCUCGUGGCGGCGGAGCCUCGCCGAGGUUGUCGAGAUCGGCGUCGACGCCGACGGGCUCGUCGACUUGGCCGCGCUCCGCCGCGCGCUCGCCUCGCCGGAGUACGCGAACCGGCCCAUGCUGGGCUCCUUCUCGGCGUGCAGCAACGUCACCGGCGUCAUGACGGACACGCGCGAGCUCGCGCGCGUCCUGCACGACCAUGGCGCGUUCGCGUGCUUCGACUUCGCCGCGAGUGGACCAUACGUGAAGAUUGACAUGAAAUCCGGUGAAAUCGAUGGCUACGAUGCAGUCUUCUUGAGCCCACACAAAUUUGUUGGUGGACCAGGCACACCAGGCAUCCUUCUGAUGAACAAAGCAUUGUACCGCCUCACUUCCCAGCCUCCAUCAACCUGCGGUGGCGGCACCGUGGCCUAUGUUAACGGCUUCAAUGAGAAGGAUACAUUGUACUAUGAUGACAUUGAAGAACGGGAGGAUGCCGGCACACCACCCAUCAUUCAAAAGAUUCGUGCAUCUCUUGCAUUUUGGGUCAAGGAAUACAUUGGGUAUGACGUGAUGAGCAUCCGAGAGCGAGUGUAUUCCGAGAUGGCAAUGAAAAGGCUUGUCAGCAACCCGAAUGUAAGCGUCCUUGGCAACACGAAAGCAGAACGCCUGCCAAUCUUCUCCUUCCUCAUCUACCCUCCGGUGUCCAAUUCGGGCGAUGCGAGGCAGAAGCGCCUCCCUCUCCAUGGCCGUUUUGUCACAAGGCUUCUUAAUGAUCUUUUUGGCAUCCAGGCAAGGGGUGGCUGCGCAUGCGCAGGCCCCUAUGGCCACACAUUGCUCAGUAUCCAGAAUGAGCUCUCCCUUCGCAUCCGAUCCAUGAUUCUUAAGGGUUACAGUGGACUGAAGCCAGGAUGGACUAGGUUGAGUUUUUCUUACUACCUGUCCAAGGAGGAGUUCAAGUUCAUCCUCGCCGCCAUUGAGUUCAUCGCGUCUUACGGACACCGGUUCCUCCCACUAUACAAAUUCGACUGGAUUACCGGUGACUGGAAAUUCCGUAAGCAGGUAAUCAAGUACCAAAUCAUGAAGGAGGAGCUGGAUCUUGCCACUGGUAUUGACCUUCGGGCUCAAUAUGACCAGUCAAAGAUUGAAGAUAAACUGGAGAAGAAACAUGGGGUUAAUCAGAAGAAGUUUGAGGGCUACUUAGAGAGUGCCAAGAAGAUUGCACUCUCCUUACCAGAUAUAAGCCAUCAGGUUGUUAGUAUUCCAAAAGGAGUUGACCCUGACUUGGUUCUUUUUCAUAUAUAGAAGACUUAGUAUAGUUAUAACAACAAACAGGCAGCUUUCAGAGCUUGUGAGUUUGCCAAAAUAAAACUAUAUGAGUUUCUGGAAGUUGUAUUAGCUCAAAAACCAGAGUUAACCUAUGUUGUAAAUUUGAGAAAAUAAACAUGUGUAGGAAAUGGA